AUGGUCACCAAUACUCACGCUGUCUCCCCUGAGUCCCCCAGCAUUACCCAGUCAAGGACCUCGGAGCCAAUCUCACCAGAAAGGGAAAACAGUUGCAGUCUGUUCGGGAAGGCACCAGUCCUGAAGAGCACUGUGUGCUCAGAGCCCAGCUCCCUCCACCUACUGGCCAUGGAGGAAGCAGGUGAAUUCCCACGGGUGCCCAGCAGCCAGGGCCCCAUCAUUUUGACCCCUUGCUGCCAGCCACAGCAUUGGGUUGAAAAUGAGUCACCAAGCCUGGAUGAGGCCUGCAGGGCAAGGCCCCUCGAGGUAGGCUCACUGGAGAAGCUGGUGAACCACCUGGUGCCUUCCAUGCAGAGUGGGGACCCCUUCUUUGUCCCUGCCUUCCUGUGUGCCUACCGAAGGUUUGCCGUCACACAGCAGGUGCUAGAGCUGCUGCUUAAGAGGUAUGGAUUCUUCCACCCUGAUUGUGAGGAGGAUGAGCAAGUUAAGAAAGCCAUCUGCUCCAUCCUGAGAACAUGGCUAGACAUACCUGAGGAUUUUUGCCAGUCCAUGGAUCUGGCCUGCUUGAAUCAGCUUAUGGCCUAUGUGUUGCUCAACAUGCCCUGCUCAGAACUGGCAGUCCCUGUUGACCUGCUUCUGACCCAGCUGCAGGACCUGAAGUCCAGUGAGGCAGAACCCAAGGGUGAAAAGGCCUUUGGUAGGUACUGA